CGUUCUUUUUAUUGUCUAAAAAAAUCCAUCAAUCCUCUCCUCAUACUCGGAACCAAUUAUCCCUGCUAAUCACUCAUUUCAUCUAAAGUUAGGUGUGAUUUUGCAAUCAUCGUCGGCGAAGAUGAGCGCGGUGGUGGAUGCGGUGGCUCAACUCCUCAACAUCCCCGGAGCGAUCGACAGAAUGAUAUCGCAGGCGCAAGACGGCGGCGUGAGCAGGGGAUCCGGCAACAUUCCGGUCGACAUUCUCGACACCUCGAAGGAAUACAUCUUCUACCUCGACGUUCCCGGCCUAUCCAAAUCGGACAUUCAGGUGGCGGUGGAAGACGGAGACACGCUGGUGAUCAAAAGCGCCGGGAAGAGGAAGCGGGAGGACGGAGAGGACGAAGGAUGCAAGUAUCUGAGGCUGGAGAGGAAGGCGGCGCAGAAGUUGAUGAGGAGAUUCCGGCUGCCGGAGAACUGCAACGCCUCUGCGGUCACGGCGAAGUGCGAGAACGGGGUGCUGACUGUGGUGGUGGAGAAGCACCCUCCGCCGCCCAAAUCCAAGACGAUUGAGGUGUCAAUCUCUUGAUCAAUCCCUAUUGUUGCUUUUUUGCACAUUAUUAUUAUCAGUUUAUCACUAUGAAUAUGCAGCAAUAGUUUCAAAGUUGUAGGACCGAUCUUGUGUUUCAUUAUGACUAGCUGUUUGAAUUGAGCAGCCGAACAGGGCAUAAACAGAGAAGAAAAAAGGGGUGAAACCGAGAGAAGGAAGAAGGGAGAAAAAAGAGAGGUGCAGCCUGGUUUUGUGCUCCGAUCGACGACCAAACGAGCUCCGAUCGGGAUGAAAUUUUAGUAUGUUGCUCCUGAGAUCCUCUUCUUCAUAUCCAACGGUGGGAUUGUUGUUUUGACCUCUCGAUGUCGGUAAAAUCGCCUCUGUUUACUGCUGCGUUUUUGUGUGGAUUUCUCACUUUUGAGUGAAGAUUAUUGUUGUUUGGUGUUCCAAGUUGUUGCUUGAUGAUUGUGUAUACCUCUAAUUGAUUUAGAGAGGAUUCUUGGUGUACCCACUGAUUUUCUUGGUGAUUAGUGGAAGGGUUCGUGGUUUUUUCCCCGAUUUGGGGUUUCCACGUUAAAUCUUGGUGUUCGUUUAUCGCUUGAUUGAUUGCUUGUUGUCGUGUUUGCUAUUCUUGAUCGUUCAUAUGAUUUUGCCCAUUUUGACAACACAAAGACGGGAAAAUUAUUAAUUGCUUCCGCUAGAAAAUUGAGGUGAU